GAAACCGAUAACUCGUUAAUUGCCGCACGUGAUCACGCGUGCUACCUCCAAAAGCUGUGGGGAAACCCGAACUGUGUUUUGGUUGGCCAAUCGUCAACUGCCAGUGCCUCCUGACAAUCACCGUAGUGAGGAGGUCAGGGGCAAGGCUCUCAUGUCGCCCAGCCGCCCUCCAACUUGAAUCGCUUUGCACAGUCCAAGAUCAUGCGUUGACGUUGCUGGCAUGGCGGGCUUUGCGUCGAUAGUCCGCGGCAGCGACAACGAAACUGACUAUGGCUACGAUUUGACGGCGUCCGACGAGGAGCUGCUUUUCGCCAUUGCCGACCGCCUUUCCACCGACUCGCCACUAUCCAGGCCGACCCCAGCGUCCCCAGCGACUCCGGCCCCGCGAUCCAACCCUUCAGUCCUUGCAAGAAGCGCCAUCUCGCCCACCUCGUCCAGCCCUAGUUUCGACCCUGAUGAGAGCCAAGCCAUCGACGAAACCAUCGCUGCCAUCACCAAUGAUGACUUGACAUUCGACAUUUCCGAACUCCAGGAUGAUGACGUCAACAGCAGGGGGCAAGGCCCUACGAACGCGUUUGAGCUCGCAUGCAGCAGCACUGCUGAGAACCAGUCCAGAAGGCUCACCCCUUCAGUCUCCAAAGAUGAUGAUGCGCUUGGGUCUUUCGUCUCCAGAACGAAGCCUAGGAUUAUGCCCACGCUGCUUCCACGCCCGGACGUUGUCUACCCGGACUUGAGUCGCGCACUAUCGGAUGCCCAGAAGGCCGCAAGCUCUUCUGCUCAGGCCAGGGAGCCGGCUGAAGGCUCAGUCGAAGACAACCGGCCGCCGCUCCUCCGCUUCCGUACACUCCCGAUGAAACCCCUCUCCGUAUCGGACUUGACAGCCGGUGCUUGGUGCGAACUGCAAUACUUCUACACUCUGACCAGGCUUCCGGGCGGCAGGAGAACACGCACGGCGGCUAUGAAACGAGGAACCGGUGUCCACGCAACUUUAGAGCGGCAAGUCUUCACGCCGGUCAAAAUCCAGGUCGCCAAGAAGGAGGAUACCUUCGGAUUAAGAAUCUGGAACAUCAUUCAGGGACUGCGUGUGCUCCGCGAGCAAGGUAUCACUCGCGAGCUUGAGGUGUGGGGUAUGGUCGACGGGAACGUGGUUAAUGGCGUGAUCGACAGUCUGAGUUAUGAGAACCCGGAUCCAGAGCUGCAAGAGGAUAUUCUCAGCAGCCGCGGCAGUAGCCAAAUCAUCACGAACUCCCAACCAUACGAGCCCAGCACGCCGGGCGACUAUGCGAUCUACAUCACCGAUGUCAAAACGCGAAACUCAGCCACCCCACCUCCGCAGAUGCAAGUUCGGGGCUCUAUCAUCCAGCUCUUCCUCUACCACCGCUUUCUCUCCGAAAUGGCCAACAAUAGGCUGGAUUACAUCACCGUUUUCGAACGCUAUGGCGUUAAUCCGGAUGAGCCCUUCUCGGACGCCUUCAUGGCUCAAAUCGGCGCCGUGCACGACGAAGUGUUCGUAGAACCCGACGACGACGGCGACGCGAGUUCAGAUGGCGGCUUCGUCUCGGCCCCUUCCAGCCCCUCCCAGGUUUCCUUCCUCUCCGAUUCGUCUUCAUCGCCCACUUUGAGAUACCGCAGCCUUCGCACUCUGCUGACGCUCCUCAAAUCCGAGUUACGCCUCACCUUUCCCCGCGGCGCCGCCGACCUCGGCAACAUAGUGGCAGUCGAGUAUCGCUACCGCGGCCGUGAUCCCCCUCCGCCUCGCGACCCCCUUGCGGAUGAACCCCCCACUUCAACCGAGGACGAUAGAGUGGCUCGCCCGAAAUAUGAAACCGGCUCGGUCAUCUGCGUCAACACCUUCUUUGUCGAACCCGAGACGCUGGACCUGUACCUCUCCGAAACCAUGCGCUGGUGGAGAGGCGAGAGGGAGCCGCACGGGGUCGCGCUCGAGGAAGCCGAGUUCAAGUGCCGGUCUUGUGAGUUCAGGGAGGUGUGCGAGUGGAGGAGGAAUUUGGACCAGGAGGCGGUGAGGAAGGCUAGGCGGAAGAAGGAAAAGAAGAAGGAGGACGAAGAGGAGAUUGAGGUGGCUGGUGAAGAGGUGAGGGGAAAGAGGAGGAGGAGAGGAAGGCCCAAGAAGGCUACUAGUGCCAGCGCGCUUGGGGACGUAUAUGCGUAGCAUGGCGAGUGAAGCGGCAACAGCUCAAAUUUGAACAACUCUCAUCUUUCGGGAAUCUUGAUGGUUGGAAGGGAGGGGCCAUUGGUCAGGAUAUAUACCUCCUAGUCCAUGGGGUAGGUCUAUAGCUGGAUACCCGUCACAUAGAAGGUUGAGGGUUUCGGAUCGCAUCUGCAAUUUCCGGGUUACGAAUCACGAUCAAAAGCACUGUUCUUC